GGUACCAGCUAUGGCAUUGGUACGAAAGGCAGAUUCGGCUGUCUGUCUGUCAGUCGUGAAAGUGGCAUGUUUUGAAGAGGCCUAAUACACCACAGCGUUUUUUUGUUUUAUUCCGUCCUCUACUCAUAUUUCAUUAUCAACGAUGUAUAUUUGGUAAAGUAAGGAUUAGAUGUUAUCAAUACCGUGCAGUUCAUUUUCCAAUACCUCAACGCUCGGGUGAGAUUCUCUUGACAUCCCGUAACUUUGCUUGCAAUUACUAGUGUUAUGCAAAGUUCAACGCUAUCAUUACAUUACGUAGAUUUUUUUCGAUAAUGAACGCAACGAUGAGAGUGAUAUGAAGAAUUGACGAGCAGUUCAGAAACAAAAAGAAACUACAAAACUGGUGUACAGCAACGUAUAAAGAAUUCAAGACACGCAAUUGAGACACGGUCCAGGCUUUACGAAAUGGAUAGCCACGACCAAUCGGAGUCAAUAAUACUCUAUGCACCGGAAGCAAGUGCAAAAAUUGUCAGCACACAACGACCAAGAACGGAAGCAAAAUGGACCUUCUGGCUAUUGACCGCUGGUAUUUCCACCACUUUUGGAGCAGCAAUACCGACAGGCUACAACAUUGGAGUGAUCAAUGCACCAGCAAAUUUCAUAAAAGACUGGUGCAAUGAGACGAUAUUUGAAACCUAUGGAACAGUUCUUACCGAGGGUGAACUGGACACGUUUUGGGCAGUUGUAGUAUCAAUCUUCCUAAUUGGUGGGGUCGUCGGUUCACUUGGUGGAGCGUGGUUAGCAGAUAGACUUGGACGCAAACGAUCAUACCUCACAUGUGGAUUUCUUCUAGUAUUAGGUGGAAUUUGUUUUCAGUUUUGUAGAGCUGUAUCAUCGGUAGAAUUACUACUACUGGGACGAGUGCUAGUUGGAUUAGCUGCUGGUCUGACCACAAGUACGGUUCCAAUGUACUUAACCGAGCUAGCACCAAUUGAAUUGCGUGGUGCUCUUGGUGUAUUUUGUUCCAUGGGAGUGACAGGUGGCGUGGUAGUUGGACAAAUAUUGAGUUUAGAGGAAAUCUUCGGUACCGAUGAACUGUGGCAGUUUGCACUUAGUUUCUAUGUAUUGUUAGUUAUAACAUUUUUCGUCCCUUAUCAUUGGCUUCCGGAAAGUCCAAAGUACCUUUAUGUGAUCAAGCAGAAAAGGGAUGAGGCGAUAAAUGAAAUCAAGAGAUUAGGUGGCAAGAACGUGAAGGACGAGUACAUAAAACAACAAAUAGAGUCUAUGCGCAGUGAAGACAUCCCCAAUAGCAUAAGUGAUGAUGAGGAGACGCAACGAAGUAAACCGAAACAAAGGUCAUUGUGGUCUGUCUUAACUGAUCCCACUUUGACACUGCCUCUAAUACUAGUGUGUGCCUUACAAGGAGGACAACAGCUAUCCGGUAUCAAUGCGGUGUUUUUCUACUCCGUAUCGAUUUUUGAGUCCGUAGGGCUCAGUUCAACGAACGCGAAGUUUGCCAAUCUUGGGGCUGGUUGUCUGAACUUAUUCGUUGCCUUCUUCACACCCAUGCUGAUGGAAAAGUUCAACCGGAGAUUCCUGGCACUCCUAUCCUGUGCCAUGUGUGCGGUGUUCCUUUUUGCACUGACCUUCGUUGUGUAUUUUAUUAAUCACGUGAGCUGGUUUUCAUACGCAAGCAUAAUUGCCAUACUGUUGUACAUAUUAUUCUAUCAAAUUGGCCUUGGCCCGAUACCAUAUUUUAUUGGAUCAGAACUGUUCGAAGUGGGUCCUCGUCCAGCAGCUAUGGCAAUGGGCAGUAUUUCAUCAUGGGGAUGCAACUUCCUGGUGGCCAUGCUUUUCACCACCCUGCAGAGUGCUUGGGGAGCAUUCGUCUUCCUUCCGUUCACCGUUACCUGUGUGCUGUUAACGUUAUUACUUAAAUACUACUUACCCGAAACCAGAGGGCGACACAUUUCGUCCAUUGUACCUCUCGUAUCAAAUGGCUUCCGGUCAAAACCGUUGGUGCCUUGGUCGUAGAACAUAGAACAAUUUUUUUUCUCACGCUUUGAAGACGACAAAUAGGAUUUUUCUACAAAUUUUUGCUCAAUUUUUUAUCGCUAAUGGCUAUGCUGAUUCACGCUGUGUGGGCAAACACAACUCAAAAUCGAAUUUACAGAAUAAACUAGUGCAACUCACUGCGGAAACUUA